GGUCCCUGGACUCCGAGGCGGCCGCUGCAGAUUCCCUUCGCAUCUGUGAGCUCUCGCUUUCUUCACAGUGAAUGUCAGUCUGUCUCUGUCUCCGCCAGCGUUUCUGUGGCUUCGACCUAAAGGUUUCUCCCAGCAGAGCUGUUCGCAUUAGAGCUGACUAGACUUGGUCAUUCCAGUUCUUACACUGAGUCUGAUGUGUUUUUUCCUUCUUUUUAAAAACAAAACGAAACAACAGCCCGAGACUGCUGCUGCGCUGAAGCGGACGAUAGAAGCCCUGAUGGACCGGGGGGCGAUCGUGAGGAACUUGGAGAACUUGGGGGAGCGGAUGCUUCCUUAUCGGAUCUCUGCCCACAGCCAGCGGCACCACAGAGGCGGGUAUUUCUUGGUGGAUUUUUAUGCACCAACAACAGUUGUGGAAAGCAUGCUGGACCACUUGUCUCGAGACAUUGACGUCAUCAGACCUAAUAUUGUGAAGCACCCUCUGACCCAGGAAGUAAAGGCGUGUGAGGGGAUUGCCCCGGUCCCACUUGAAGAAAAACUGUACUCCACCAAGAAGAGGAAGUGAGGUGCUCCGGGGUUCAGCCUUCUCUUCAGUCCUCUCACUGCUGAGCAUCGCGAUGAGUCAUUCACAGCCUGACCUUCACCUGUGUGCCGGGUGCCAUGGGAGCGUCUGGGGGUGUUGGCUCUCGGUCCCCUUUGCGGGGAGAGGUGGUGAUGGCUGGCUGGGAGCCGCUCUGUAUCUGCUGGUCCCACUGUCCCAGUCAAAUACAUCGUUCUUGAUUUUGUUAAAGUAAAUGUAAUUUUUUUGCCCUAUAACACUUAACACCAUUUUGGAGAACAAAACAUAAUAUAUCUUGGAUUGUGAGGUAAUCAUUCAUACUGUAUAACCGUGCAAAAUAAAAUACGCAGAUUGUAAAAU